UCCUUUUGCUCUCUUUUUCAGUUAGGGUGGACCUAUAUGAUUCCUUUAUUCCUGUGGUCGUAUCAUGGCUGAAAAUGACAGAGACAGAAACCAAACUGAGAAACUCCUAAAAAGAGUACGAGAACUGGAGCAGGAAGUACAAAGACUUAGAAAGGAACGGGCCAACAACAAGGACUCAGAUAUUAGGGAAAACCCAUCAGGAAGUGGGAAAGCUAAGCGUGCGUUUGAUUUUAGUGCUCAUGGUCGGAGACAUAUAGCCCUAAAAAUGGCCUAUCUUGGCUGGGGAUACCAGGGCUUUGCUAGUCAGGAAAAUACAAAUAAUACCAUUGAAGAGAAACUAUUUGAGGCUCUAACCAAGACUCGACUAGUAGAAAGCAGACAGACAUCCAACUAUCACCGAUGUGGGCGAACAGACAAAGGAGUUAGUGCCUUUGGACAGGUGAUUUCUCUUGACCUCCGUUCUCAGUUUCCAAGGGACAGGGAUUCAGAGGAUUUUAAUUUAAAAGAUGAAGCCAGCAGUGCUGCAAAAGAGAUCCGUUAUACCCACAUUCUCAACCGAGUACUCCCUCCAGACAUCCGUAUACUUGCCUGGGCCCCUGUAGAACCUAGCUUCAGCGCGAGGUUUAGCUGUCUUGAGCGGACUUACCGCUAUUUUUUCCCUCAUGCUGAUUUAGAUAUUGAAACCAUGAACUAUGCAGCACAGAAGUAUGUUGGCACCCAUGAUUUUAGAAACUUUUGUAAAAUGGAUGUAGCUAACGGAGUGAUUAACUUUCAGAGGACUAUUCUAUCUGCUCAAGUACAGCUAGUGGGCCAAAGCCUAAGUGAGGAAAGAUGGCAAGAACCUUUUCAGUUAUGUCAAUUUGAAGUGAUUGGCCAGGCAUUCCUUUACCAUCAAGUCCGCUGUAUGAUGGCUAUCCUCUUUCUGAUUGGCCAAGGGAUGGAGAAGCCAGAGAUUAUUGAUGAGCUGCUUAACAUAGAGAAAAAUCCCCAGAAACCUCAAUAUAGUAUGGCUAUAGAAUUCCCUCUAGUCUUAUAUGACUGUAAGUUUGAAAAUAUCAAGUGGAUUUAUGACCGGGAGGUUCAGGAGUUCAAUGUUACCCACCUGCAACAACUAUGGGCUAAUCACGCUGUCAAAACUCACGUGUUGUAUAGUAUGCUACAAGGUCUGGAUUCAGUUACAGUGCCCUGUGGAACAGGGCCAAAGAUGGAUGGAAUGAAAGAAUGGAGAAAUGUUCAGCCCUCUAUAAUGAAGCAGACCAGUGCUUUUGUGGAAGGAGUGAAAAUGCGCACAUAUAAGCCCCUUAUGGAUCGUCCUAAAUGCCAAGGAUUGGAAUCUCGGAUCCAGCAUUUUGUACGUAGAGGACGCAUUGAGCACCCCCAUUUACUCCAUGAGGAAGAAAUAAAAGCCAGAAGGGAGUCUAAUGACACACCGGAGGAAGAGAAUACUAUGCUGGAGACACCAUCAAAAAGGGUCUGUGUUGAUACAGAAAUGAAAAGCAGCAUUUAAUAGGAACCAACAACCAACUAGUGGUUGAUGGGUAGAAAAGAAAUUAAAAAAAGAAAAUUCACUAUGAGAAAUACUAGAAAUUCAGAUGAUCCACACCCUUUUAAGAAAAGAUUUUAAGGCCCUAUUAAGGAAGUUUUUGCUUUAACAAGAAAAAUCUUUGUCUAAAAGGAUUAAGAGAUGAAAGAAGCAAAACAACUAUAAAAUGGAAAUGUACUUAUGUACUCCUGGAAACUUGUGCCUUGUAUUCAAAUUCAUCAAAGCAUAAUACUGCAAGU